UCGAGGUCGGCUCUCAUGACUGGACUUUAUGCCAUACGAACAGGGUUGCAAGGCUUCGCGAUUCACGUAGCCGACCCAUGGGGUUUACCUUCGAACGUGCGCCUUCUGCCCGAAUAUCUCAGAGACAUCGGAUACGAAACCCACCUCAUUGGAAAGUGGAGCAUCGGCUACUACAAGACAAGCCUGACGCCGACAUGCCGGGGCUUCGACAGUUUUUACGGCUACUACAAUGGGGAAGAGGACUACUACACGCACAGCAUAACUCACGAAAACCACACGGGUCUCGACUUCUGGCUCAACACGGAACCAUUGUUCGCCGAAAAUGGAUCAUAUUCCACGACAUUGUACACAGAAAGAGCGCAGUACCUCAUCAGAAACAGGAAUAAGUCAAAGUGGAGCAUCGGCUACUACAAGACAAGCCUGACGCCGACAUGCCGGGGCUUCGACAGUUUUUACGGCUACUACAAUGGGGAAGAGGACUACUACACGCACAGCAUAACUCACGAAAACCACACGGGUCUCGACUUCUGGCUCAACACGGAACCAUUGUUCGCCGAAAAUGGAUCAUAUUCCACGACAUUGUACACAGAAAGAGCGCAGUACCUCAUCCGAAACAGGAAUAAGUCAAAGUGUGUCAAAUGCGCCUUCAAAAACUUAACACUGUUGUUGUUCCUUCCACAGCCGUUCUUUCUCAUGCUAAGUCACCAGUCACCGCACGGCGCUGGAGAGCCUGAACCAUUUCAGGCACCGCAGGAGAAUGUGGACAAGUUUCCCUACAUUGGAGAAAAGAACAGGACAAUCUACGCAGGAAUGGUGGACGCACUGGACCUGUCUGUCGGCGAAGUGUUUAAGGCUCUCAGCGAUGCUGGCAUGCUCGACAACACCAUCGUCGUCUUCAUAAGCGACAACGGCGGAACACCUUGGGGUACGCACUCGACCCGCAGCUUCAACUGGCCCCUGCGCGGAUCCAAGGGCACGGUCUGGGAAGGAGGAACCAGGGUCCCUGCUUUCGUCUGGAGUCCGCUCCUGGCAAAAACUCGGAGGGUGUCCGAGCAACUCAUGCAUAUUACGGACUGGCUACCUACGCUAUACUCAGUCGCCGGGGGCGACAUGCACACGCUAGGGGAACUGGACGGAAUUGACAUGUGGCGGCCCUUGUCUGAAGGAACUGGCUCGCCUCGUGUCGAAAUGCUCUACAACAUCAUCGAGAGCCGGUUUUUGAACAAUUCGGCUCUGCGAAGCGGCCGUUACAAGUUGGUGCUCGAUGGCACCGGUUUCAUGAAUGAGCGCUACGCUCGACCGGGUGGCGUCCGUCCGUCCGACGACCUCGACACGUUGCUCACCCAGUCGACAGCAGCCAGAGUGCUCAGAGGCUUCUACAAAACGGAGGAGCUGAGGUUUCCCAAGGAUUGGAGAAAAAGAGCGACAUUGAAAUGUGGUAGUCCGGAAGGCGGACAAUUUUACGCGAACAGCACCGUUCACCUGUUCGACAUAAUCGAAGACCCUUGUGAACUGAACAAUGUGGCCGGCUUACAUCCAGAGGUUGUGUCAUUCCUGAAAACGCGCAUCGGCGCCUUUGAAGCUACAACAAAACCACUGCAGUACGAGCCCAAGGAUCCCGCUGGCUUCCCCGAAAACCACAAUGGAACCUGGGCGCCGUGGGUGAAAACUUCGUGCGGAUAG